GCUGAUGCUGUAUCUUAUUGUAAUAAAGUUGAUUAUUAUCUAGAUCUUACAGUUACUUGCAGAAUGACUUCAAUUAUUCAAAAUAUUGAAUCACCUUCACAUAAGAUUUCAACUGAAAUGAAUAUCGAUGAAAACUCUAAAAUCUCUAAAAUUACUUUGGCCGAACAGAUUACUUAUUUAGAGAAAGAUUUCAUACUCGUGGUUAAGAGCAAAGAUCUUGAUCAACCUAGAGCUUUCGUUGAAUAUAAUCCCGAAACAGAAACCAAAUGUGUGAUGUUAACAUUAAUCCCAAAAUUCGCGUUAAAUACAACCAUGACCGAGUUAGUUUUCGUUGUUGAUAGAUCAGGAUCAAUGAGCUACGAACCUAUGAAAAAGGCUGCGCAGGCACUUGAAUUAUUAUUACGUUCGCUGCCUGAAGAUUGUUACUUUAAUGUG